UCAUAUACUUCGGGCGAGUCUGCCCUCCAUUGUUUUUUCCUCUGGUUCGAUCGACUGCUCGGUACAGAAGUGCCCGAUCCAAAUCACAGGCACCCACUGAGAGUGCACUAGAGGGAGAGAGAGAGGGAGCAGCGCAGCCGCAUGGCGACGCUGCCACAGCGGUUCAAGCUGCUGGCGACGCGGUGCGCGGCGGGGGCGCCCAGCCCCUCGCGCAGCCCCGCGCCGUCCUACGCCACCAGCCCCGGGUACCGCCUCCGGCGCCGCCGCGGGUCGCGCCUGCGCCGCUUCCUCUGCCGCCGCGUCGGCGGCGGGCUGCCGGAGCCCGCGGGGCGCCGGGAGGAGGACAAGAAGCCGCUGGUGGGCCGCGGGAGCCGCACGCUGAGGGAUCUGUUCGUCGCGUCGCCGGAGGCGGGGCGCACCCGGCGCGGAUGCGGCUGCGACGCCGACAGCGACGACGACGACGACGAGGAGGCGGGGCGCGCCGGCUCCGGCGGCGCGUUGGGGGCGGCCAGCGGAGGGGGCGGGAGGAGGUUCCGGGCCGCCGGCGGGGGCCUCCGGAGCCUCCUGAUGCGGCGGAGCUGGCGGCCGGUGCUGGUGGCGAUCCCGGAGAGCGAGGGCAAGAUCGAGCUCGGCGCCAUCGAGGAGUAGAUCAGCGACAUGACAAGAAUUGCAUUCCCCCGGCCGCCGGCCGCCACGGAUCGGAGCCGGGAAUCUCGCGUCGCUUUCCGCCGUCCGUCCUCUUUUUCUUUCUUGAUGAUUGUUUGUCUCUUUUCCCCACCUUUCGUAGGCGUCUGUCCGUCCCUGUGAAUACGGAAAUAGUACCAGAUUACUGCCACACUGUUAUCCCAAACCGUGAGUGCACAGGCAAAGUUGACAAAUUUAACCUUAAA